UAUUCUUUUUUCUGAAACGUUCAACUCACAAAUAAUUUAUUUGAUCUUUUUCUGAAACAUGUCGAGAUCAAGUGAUAUAUUAUUAUGUGUCUUUCUCUUGUUGGGUAUUUGCAUAAGCAUCGUUAACGCUACCUCAAGGGAACCCAAAAGAGAAAACAACAAGGAGUUGUUUGGUACUUCUUCAAUUCUAUGGUGGUGGCGUCGUCAUAAUGCACCUUCAAUCGGAUGGUGGUGGCGGCGUCACCCAAUAAAAUCAUCACCACCAACUCACAUGGCUCCAUCUCCGUCUCCCGUUGAUAAUACAGCUUCACCAACUCAUGCGGCUGCAUCCCCAAUUGAUGAUGUGGUUUCGCCACCGCACACGGCUCCCUCUUGGGCCCCGACUCCUACGACUUCUUGCAUUAAGAUGGACGAUUGUGUAUCAGAUUUGAUCACUUCCGUUUUCAAGCGUAAAAUUUCAUUAUCCACACAAUGUUGUAAAGUCGUUUCAACAAUUUCAGAUAAUUGCUUUUACAAAGGGUUCACACACGCCAAGAGAGUACCAUUUUUCUUAAGCAAAGUCAGGAACUAUUGCAGUCAUCAUCAAGGAUUGAAUUAAGCAUGAUCAAAUCAUAGCACACUCAUAUUACUCUUCUGUUUUUUUUGAUCAUUUUAGCUUUACUUAGGGGUAGUUGGUAGUUAGUAGUAUGACUUUCUGUUAACUUUUGCUUGGAUUCAUUAAUUAGUUCAAUUGGAUCUUCAUCUCUACUUAACAGUUUAAUUACUAUUCUCUCCAUGUAUAUUUAUUUUUCCAUGUUUUACUUAUUCGCGAUAUGAUUAGUUCAA